ACUUCAGGCCACACACACCUCCCUUUGUAUUGCAGGGCGGGAAAUCGGCCCUGUAAGAUUCCCUGUGGAAGUGGGGAAAGACGAUGUCCGGAGAGGAUAAAGAGUUCCUUCCCCGGCCUUUCUUUACACCCCAGCAUGUGCCGGGUACUCAUUUUACCGACCACGGAUGGAUGGAAGGCUGAGUGGACCUCGACCCCUUUUACCGGAGAUUCGACUUCCUCCUUCCGUUGGAAUCGAACUCUGGCCGUGAGCAGAGCUUCAGCUGCGUUACCGCCACUUACCACUCUGCACCACGGAGGAUCUUCUUUUUAAUCCGGAAGGUGAAGGAGCCCCUUUUGGUGUCUUUGGAGACAGGCAAGCAUUGAAGUAGGAAAAGAGACAUCUGGAAAUCGAAGGGGACUUACAGUAAAAGGCACAAGGAAAACAAGGCAGAAAGGAAAUCUUGUACUUAGCAGACGGCUAUUGUCAAUGAACUCUUGAUCCAGUAGGAAGAUCACAAAGGGAAAAGGAAGGGAAAGCGUCCAGGGGGGUGGAAUAUUAAAAAAAUAAACCAAAGGUUUUUUUAAAAAUCCAAAACCCACAAAGGGGCGAAACCAUAUGAAUGCAUGGAGUGUGGAAAAUUUUUCAGACACCGUCACCACCUUACUUCGCAUCCAAGAACCAAUACAGCACAGAAAGCUUUUGAGUGCAUGGAAUGUGGAAAGAGAUUCAACAGGAGCUCUCAUCUUACUUGGCAUCAAAGAACCCACAUAGGGGGGAACCGAUAUAAAUGCAUGGAAUAUGGAAACCUAACUUCACAUCAAAGAACCGACACAGGCUUGAAAUCCACACAGUGUGGGAAAAGGUUCACUCAGAAGGGCUGUCUUACUCAACAUAAAGACACGCACACAGAGCAGAAACUGCAUGAAUGCAUGGAGUGUGGAAAGAGCUUCACUAUGAGAAGCAAGCUUACCUUACAUCUAAGAACCCACACAGGAGAGAAACCAUAUCAAUGCACAGAGUGUGGGAAAAGUUUCAGUCAGAGCUCACAGCUUAAUUCACAUCACAGAAUCCACACAGGGGAGAAGCCAUAUAAGUGCCUGGAGUGUGGAAAGAGUUUCAGUCAGAGUGGAGGGCUUUCCUCCCAUCAAAGAACCCACACAGGAGUAAAACCAUAUAAAUGCAUAGAGUGUGGAAAAAGUUUCAGUCACAAUCAAAGCCUUACUUCACAUCACAGAAUCCACACAGGGGAGAAGCUAUAUAAAUGUCUGGAGUGUGGAAAGAGUUUCAGUCAGAGUGGAAGCCUUUCCUCCCAUCAAAGAACCCACACAGGAGAGAAACCAUAUAAAUGUAUGGAGUGUGGAAAGAGUUUUAGUGUAAGGAGUAUACUUACCAAGCAUCAAAAAACACACACAGGAGAAAAACCAUAUGAAUGCAUAGAGUGCGGAAAAAGUUUCAGUGUUAGAGGAAAUCUUUCCUCCCAUCAAAGAACCCACACAGGAGAGAAACCAUAUAAAUGUCUGGAGUGUGGAAAAUGUUUCACUCAUAGUAAAAGUCUUACUUUACAUCAAAGAACACACACAGGGGAGAAACCAUAUAAAUGCACGGAGUGUGGAAAGAGCUUUAGUGUAAGGAGUAAACUUAUUUUGCAUCAAAGAACACACACAGGAGAGAAACCGUAUAAAUGCAUGGAGUGUGGAAAGAGUUUCAGUGUUAGGGGAAAUCUUUCCUCCCAUCAAAGAACCCACACAGGAGAGAAACCCUAUAAAUGCAUAGAGUGUGGAAAAUGUUUCAGUCAGAGCCAGUACCUUACUUUACAUCAAAGAACCCACACAGGAGAGAAACCAUAUUUAUGCAUACAGUGUGGAAAAUGUUUCAGUCUCAGCCAACACCUUACAUCACAUUGCAGAACCCACACAGGGGAGAAGCCUUAUAAGUGUCUGGAGUGUGGAAAGAGUUUCAGUCAUAGUGGAAGCCUUACUUUACAUCAAAGAACCCACACAGGAGAGAAACCAUAUAAAUGUAUGGAGUGUGGAAAGAGCUUUAGUGUAAGGAGUAAACUUACUUUGCAUCAAAGAACACACACAGGAAAGAAACCAUAUGAAUGCAUGGAGUGUGAAAAGAGUUUCAGUGAUAGUGGAAACCUUUCCUCCCAUCAAAGAACCCACACAGGAGAGAAACCUUAUAAAUGCACAGAGUAUGGAAAAAGUUUCAGUCACAGCCAACCCCUUACUUCACAUCACAGAACCAACACAGGAGUAGCCAUAUAAGUGGAGUGUGGAAAGAACUUCAGUUGUAGCGACAGACUUACUUUACAUCAAAGAGGAAAUCUUUCCUCCCAUCAAAGAACCCACACAGGAGAGAAACCAUAUAAAUGUCUGGAGUGUGGAAAAUGUUUCACUCAUAGUAAAAGCCUUAUUUUGCAUCAAAGAACCCACACAGGGAAACCUCUUAAAUGUAUGGAGUGUGGAAAGUGCUUCUUUCAGAGUCAGCAACUUACUCAACAUCAAAGAACCCACAGGAAGAACUGUAAAAAUGUAUUGACUGUGGAAAGGUUCACUGUGAGCUCUUACCUUAAUCUGCAUCUCCAAUGACAUCUUACUGCACCCUAAAGAACCCACACAGGGAAGAAAACAAAAAUGUGUGAAAAGAGCUUCAUUCAUAGCAGAAGUGUUACUUAACAUGAAAUAGCUGCAUCAUGGCCCUACCUUCAGAUUAUGGCCAUGCAACAUUAUAUCUUCUCCUAGAAACUGUUGACAUGGAUGAUUUUGAACCCACUGCCCAGAGUAUUGAUUUGAGCAAUGAAACCGAAUUCAAUCAGCAGAAGUCUGGGAUAGGUGUGAUAGCUUUCCUUGGUCCUCCAUUAAUCCCUUCUACCCACCACCCACUUCCAAAAUAUUGAGUGUGCAAAGGUUCAGUGUGAGCCCUUACCUUAAUUUGCAUUAUCAGUAACAUCUUACAGCACAGCAAAGAACCCACACAGGGAAGGGAAAAAAACGUAUGGAGUGUGAAAGAGCAUCGGUCAUAGCAAAAGCAAAUGAAGUGGCUGCAUCAUGACCGUACUUUCAGACUAUGGCCUUGUAACGUUACAUCUGCUCCUAGAAAUGUUAACAUGGAUAAUUUUUAAUCCAACGCCCAGAGAAUUCAUAUGCGCAACACUAAAUCUGAAUUCACAGUAAACUUUCCUAAAUCCUCCAUUAAUCCCUUCUACCCUCCACCCACUUCCAACUAUCUACCAAUUAAAUUGUCACCAGGACCCUUACUGUUAUUCCAUGUUCCCUUCAUUUCCUCUUCCCUCUCUCCGAGGGAUCUUCUCUCUCCUCCAACAUAAACAGUAAGCAUGGUUCAUUACUGAUUGGCCUGUUUGUCCUUCGUAACAAAAUGAAGAAGGUUGUUCCUGACAUAUAUAAACUUAUACUAUUUUGGCAGAUGCAAAGCACUAAACCUUGAUGUGGCUAACAUGACUAGGUUGCUGCUGAAGGACGGGUAAUCAAUUUAAUCAUCAUCAUCAUAAGUCAUCCUGUGGCCUUGUUUCCUCAAUAAAUGUGGGGACAGAGUUGACAUCUGGGCUUGUUUCAGGGUUUCAUCAUUUUUUUCUUUUUUGAGUGGAACAUCAUUCCUGAUGAGAAGCUGUUUCAGAUGAGGAUGUUGUCUGUAGAUAAGGAGAAGCCUAUCCCUGAAGUCCUGUGUGAGGGAAGUGGAAUGUUAAGAUGAUAGUUGCAAAAGGAACAGUACUGAGAGAAGUUGACGAUUUCUGGAUAUAUGCUAAAUUCCCUCUGGUUCCCUCAAAUUAAACUUAACCAUGCCCCGGCUGCUUAUCUUACCAGUUUGACCUGUGCUCAGUUGCGCAGAGCCUUUACAGAAUUGCGGUUUCAAACCAUGCCCUCAGCUAUUCUAGAGGGCAGAUAUAAGGGCACCCCGAUCGCUGAACGCCUCUGUAUUUUUGGUUGUAAAGUCCCUGAAGAUUUAGCCCAUUAUAUGCUUUUAUGUCCCUUAUAUCAGCACCCCAGAGAAAAAUUUUUAGCUUCUUGUUUGAGUUCCACCAGGGGGUCUCCCAAUGCAAAAUUAGUAAUAGAGUUAUUAAUGGACAAUAACAAGCAGGUCACAAUUGCAUUGGCUAAUUUUGCUUUCGCUGCUAAAAAGCUUAGAGCAGCGUACGUAAACUCCCUAUGAAACCAACUUGGUGACAUACUCAAGUUUUAAGUCUUCUGAUUUUAAAAUGUUUUCUUGUAAUCCUUUGUGCCAAA